AUGGACAUUCAUGUAGCGAAAGAAGUCCGCAGAAACGCUUUCGUCGUCCCUACCGAAAAGUUCGUCGAGAAGCUCUUUUCCGUCUCGCCAGAUCCCGGUACCGAUGAGAGCGUCGCAAAGUCUGUGCUCGAGAAACUCGCGAAGGACGGUUUCUAUGAUGAUACCAAGGACAGGCGUCGAUGGAGCAAGUUUCCAGACGAGCGAAGAGCAAAUGAGAAGGAAUUCUACCUUCCGUUCAUCCGCACAGCAGCGCACAGCGGCCGCGUUCUCAAGGACCUGGGGCACGAGCCGCGAACGCACAUCGUAUGGCUCGAGGUCCCAGACCGGGGGCUAGUUUCUCUCAACCCCUACGCUGCCAACAUCCGCCCUGAUAUCGUGUCGAUCCUCGGAGAGGCUCCCAGGGAUAGUCAGGCGGAGGAGACGGAGGGUGAGGGUAAGGAGACAAACGACAAAAAGCGCAAGGUGCCCGAUGAAAAGGACGAAAAGCUCUGGUGGUCGAGCUCAACCGCCGCUUCGUCCUUGGAUUGCUCCUCUGCGGGCGCAAAUUUAGCAGUCGUGGAGAAGAUAAGCGACGAGCCGAUCACAACGACGUACGCUCAAGCAGACGGACUUGACAUCAGUUUGGACGUCUAUGUUCCUCAAGGGGCCACUGGGUCAGCGCCGGUGGUCCUCUUCUUCUACGGCGGUGGUCUGGCAACGGAUUCUCGGAGAGAUGACUGGUUUCCGACAUGGCUUAUGUUAAGGAUCUCAUCGGGCCAGCUGGCCCUUCACCUCCCCUCAGGAGCCUCUCCGGACCCAUCGCGUCUCUUCGUCUCCGGCGACUCCGGCGCAGGCGGCUACAUGUCGCGCGUCUACGCCCUCCACGCCUCUUCCAAGCCCAAAGCCGUCCUCUCCCUCUUCGGCAUAGGCGACGCCCUCCUGACGGACCACUGGGUGCCCUACAGCGAAGACGGGCGCGCCUCGCUCGCCACCUGGGUCAUCCAAGAGGGGUUGUACCUCGACUACCUCACGGGGAAGAAAGGGCUCUCGGCCGAGCUGGCAACGUAUUCGACGGAAGAGGAGCGCGCGGCGGCCUUGCCUGCAGCGGAGCGCGCGGUGUUCCCGGAGUUGAGGGCGGAGGAGCUCCUGCCGACGUUCUUCGUACACGGGGACGAGGACACGCUCGUGCUUCUGUACGAAAGCGAGGCCACGCUCCGCACACUGCAUGAGGCCGGGGUGAAGGCCGAGUUGGUUGUCGUCGAGCGGGCAGAGCACGGGCUGCAUUCUACGUCUGACCAUAAAAUGGAGGCACCGGGCAUUCCUGAGGCUUAUGCGCAGGCAACGGAGUUUUUGAAGGGGUGUUUGUAG